AUGUCUCUCUCGAGUGAAUGGUCGCAGACUAAAGUUACAUACAGCCACAAUGGCAAUCACCAAUAUCAGCUGUCAUGCUUAAGGAGCAAAAUCUACAAGCACGGGACAUCAAAAAGUCACAAGGCAGCAGAAAAUAUAGUGAACACAAAAAACACAAUUGAUGUUUCCAUACAAAAACAAGUGGAGAAGGAAGCAGAGAAGACAGCCUCACUGUUUCGAACAGCAUACAUCCUAGCAAAAAACAACAGGCCAUACACAGACUACCAGGAGCUGGUGGUGCUACAGCAAGAAAAUGGUCUUGACAUGGGCACCACUCUCCAUUCCAGAUAUACUGCAAAAGGUAUAAUUGAUCACACAGCAAAGGAAAUGAGACAGAAAAUAUUGCACCACAUACUAACUAAAGACCAGAGGUUCAGUGUUUUAAUUGAUGAGUCCACAACUCUUAGCAAGAAAUCGGCUCUAGUAGUGUAUUUAACGUCUGUAAUAAAUGAUGUGCCCACAGUUAUAUUCCUCGAUUUAGUUGAGCUGGAAAGCCAGUCAGCUGAGAAUAUUACAAAGAGUUUGCUUCAGUGCCUCCAAACUUGGGGACUGGAUGAAAAUUUCAUCCAGGCAAAUUUAAUUGCUUUUGCUUGUGAUGGAGCAAGUGCCAUGCUAGGGAGAAAAUCUGGGGUUGCUACCCGUCUACAACAGAUGUAUCCAAAUCUUAUAGUGUGGCACUGCCUCAACCACAGAUUGGAAUUGGCCGUGGGAGAUACAGUCAAGCGUGUUAACAACAUAAACCAUUUCACUUCAUUUUUAGACAAAAUUUACACACUCUACCAUAGGUCACCAAAGAACUGCCGUGAACUGGCUCAGCAUGCACAACAACUUGAAAUAAGUUUGCAGAAAAUUGGAAGGGUCCUUGAUGUUCGAUGGGCAGCCAGCAGUUUCAGAACAGUUAAGGCUGUAUGGAACUCGUACAAAGCUUUGCAUCAACACUUUACUGCUGCUUCUGUGGAUGGCACAAGAGAUGAAAAUGAGAAGGCUAUGUACAGAGGUCUGAUGGCCAAAAUGGAGACACAAGAAUUCCUGUGUGAUUUAGCCUUAAUGUAUGACACGUUAGAGGAAAUUGCACACCUUUCCCUGAACUUGCAAGGAAGAGGAAUGACACUCACAAAAGCAGACAAACUUAUGAGAAGAACCAUUCGCAUUAUUUCAUCCAUGAUGACUGCUCCAGGUGAUAAAAGACAAGAAGCUCUUACAGCUGCAGAGAGACAGGAGUUUAAGGGCAUCCCCUUAACAACCAGUCCAAGGGUAAGACAGAUAGACUCCUCAGUGUUCUUUCAGUCACUCGUUGGGAACCUGGAGGACAGGUUGUUCAGCACUGGUUCAAGCAGACACCCUGGCGUAUCAGCUGAGAACACCAGUCAGUAUACAGAUUUGCUUGAUCACUUUAAAGUUCUCAAUCCAGAAAACUGGCCUGUUCCCUUACAUGAGCAGUAUGGGGAAGCUUGCAUCAAACAGCUCACACUAAGGUUCAGGCUUGACCAAAGGAAAGUGCUUGAGGGCUUCAGGGAUUACAAAGACGACUCUAGUGUGAUACCUGAAGACUUGUCCCCACUCACAAACAUUCUCAGCCUGAUCCCUGUGAGCAGUGCAGAAUGUGAGCGAGGAUUCAGCUUAAUGAAUAUCAUCAUGUGCCCACUGAGAUGUAGACUCCUGAUCGAAAGCAUCUCAGCGUUGAUGUUUGUUAACCCAAUGGCGUAUGUGAAAUCUUGGCUGGUAAAGCACAGAGGAGCUACAGACACACGGACACGCCCCUGCAAGCCAUCACCUCAAGUGGACAAAGAGGCACUCUGGGCAUUGUUGUGA